UGGCUAUCAAGUCAGACAACCGUCUGAUAAUCAAUUGUUAAAUUUUUCCAAAGAACAUCAGGGUGAACAUGUUUCCGUGACGACAACAGCAGGAAAUCCAAAUCCUUUUCAAGAUGCAACGUUGACAGUGGGGCCAAGAGGUCCGAUAUUAUUUCAAGAUUGGUUUUUCAUAGACGAAGUUUCUCAUUUCGAUAGGGAGCGAAUCCCGGAAAGGGUGGUUCAUGCAAAGGGAGCUGGUGCAUUUGGUUAUUUUGAAGUAACCCAUGAUAUAACACAGUAUACGGCUGCAAAGGUUUUUUCAGAAAUUGGAAAGAGGACACCCAUAGCAGUGAGGUUUUCUCAAGUAGCCGGCGAAAUGGGUUACCCAGACACAGUAAGGGACGUUAGAGGUUUUGCCGUUAAGUUUUAUACAGAAGAUGGUAUAUGGGAUUUGGUUGGUAAUAACACUCCAAUAUUUUUCAUCAAAGACGCGGCAUUGUUUCCGAGUUUUAUUCAUAUUCUAAAAAGAAAUCCCGUAACUCAUCUUAGAGAUGCCGAUAUGUUUUGGGAUAUGAUGACGCUAAGAGCAGAAACCACACAUCAAAAUUUAAUAUUUUUUUCUGAUCGUGGUAUACCAGCUUCAUAUAGGAACAUGCAUGGAUAUGGGUCCGAUACUUUUGCUUUUGUCAAUGAAUAUGGAAAAUUCUUCUAUUGCAAAUUUCACUAUCUUACGAAUCAAGGAAUUAGAAAUCUACCCCCAAACGAAGCCACAAACAUAGCUGGUAAUGAUCCAGACUACUUAAUCAGAGAUCUUUACAACGAAAUUGAAAAAGGAAAUUAUCCAUCAUGGAGUUUCUAUGUCCAAAUAAUGACUCCAGAACAAGCAGCAGCGAGUCCUUACGAUCCUUUUGACGUGACCAAAGUCUGGCUACACGCCGAAUAUCCUUUAAUUCCUGUAGGACGUUUAGUAUUAAACAGAAAUCCCAAAAACUAUUUUGCUGAAGUUGAGCAAAUUGCUUUCGAUGUGGCCCAUCUUAUACCAGGAAUUGAGCCUUCUCCCGACAGAAUGUUGCAAGGUCGUCUCUAUUCGUAUGGUGAUACUCAUAGGCAUCGUCUAGGACCUAACCCAACUCAACUACCAGUAAAUAGUCCCUUUAAAUUGCACACCUAUACUAGAGAUGGCUAUGGCACAAUUAACAGCCAAGGAGGUGCUCCAAAUUACCACCCCAACAGUUUCCAGGGUCCCGUUUCCGACGCCAGGGCCAACGCUUUAUCUCCUGCCCUUCCUUUGGUAGGAGUGGCUAAAAGAACGGAUAAUGCUCAGGACGAUACUAACUAUGUACAGGCAAGGAUAUUGUAUCAACGGGUUUUGACACAAGAAGAAAGGGAAAGAUUGAUGGAUAAUAUUGUUAUGAUGUUAAAGUUGGCGAACACUGUUUUGCAAGAAAGGGCUAUAUCUAAUUUUUCUAAUGUUGACGAAAGUUUGGGAACUGGCAUUAGGAACAGAUUGAGAGCUAUACAAACACACGCAGAACUUUAAAAUGGCUUCCACAUGAUUGACGAUUUUAAAUUAAUCUACACAUUACAUACUUUAUAAAUAUAUUAUUAAAGAGCAUUAAAAAAUCCAAAAA